AGAUAAUAUAUAAAAAUGAAAAGAAUUGAUCUUCUUCAAAAAAUUAAAGGACUAGGUUUCAAUAAAGUUAAUUUGCUGGAAUCUUUGUUUAAAGAAGUUUUAAAUGUUUAUAAUCUUCAUGAAGAUGACUUCAAUAAAUCAGAGCUUACCAACUUAAAGAAUAAGUUGUCUGUUUUUAAAGCAAAAGUGGGAAAUAAGUUAGAAAAGCAUAAUAGAAACUAUGACAGAUUGAUUUUAAAAGAGGGUGUUUGGCUACAGGAGGAGUUUUUUCCAGAUCUUGUUAAAAGAAUUAAAUCUAAAGAAGGUCCAGGUAGAAAAAAUAAAGUUUGGGAAAAUCUUGGUGAAAGAAGCAAAAGAGCUAAAAUUGCCCAUUUGGCUGAAAACAAUCACGAAGCAUUGGCUUUAGCUUCUUUAAAAAGUGCUGCAACUGAAUCCAACAUUAAUAAAAACAAUUUUAUCUUUAUAGUAAAGAAGGCUUUGGACCCAGAUAAAGCAAAUGAAAUUAGAAAAAACAUGUCUAUGCAUGAACCUGUUAAAAUGAAAGUUGAAGAUGCUCUCAGCCUAAAAAUUCAAUGUGAUCUGUCCGAUGAACAAUAUCAGAUAAUCAGAAAUAGCUCCCUAUUACAAAAUGCAAACAUCUAUCUGUCUCUUCAUAAAAUUUUAACUGAAAAAAAGAAAUGCUAUCCUGAUAAUAUGAUUUUUUCAGAAACAUCUGCAGUUUGCUCCCUUCAACCUCUUUUUAAUCACACACUGUGUAGAGUCUUGAGUCUAAAUAGUUGCAACAAAAUAUUUUCUGAAUUAUCGGUUAAAGAUAUCAAUCAACAUGGAAUUAUGCAUUUCAAAGGUGGUUUUGAUGGAGCGUCUAGCCAGAGUCUGUAUAAACAAAAAUAUUUAGAUACAACUCUAGAUGAAGUUAUUAAAAAUGAAGAGAGUAUUUUUCAAACAUCUAUUGUGCCUCUUAAACUGACUGUUAAUGAUACAGUAAUCUGGUACAACAAAAAACCAUCUAGUACACAUUUCUGCAGACCAGUAUGUUUGCAGUACAAGAAGGAAACAAAUGUGCUAAUUAAAGAAGAAGAAGAACGAUUACGGAUUGAAAUUCAGAAACUUGAACCAUUUGUAGUAAGUUUAGAAUCAAAACCGACUGAGUCAUCUAUGAUGACAGCAAUUAUAAAGUAUAAUUUGGAUUUGACUAUGUUUGAUGGUAAGGUUAUUAAUGCACUAACAAGUACUACCUCUUCUCAAAGCUGUAAUGUAUGUUCAGCAAAGCCAACAGAGAUGAAUGACAUUAAAUUGAUUAGAUCUAAACCUGUCAAUAAAGAAGCUUUAUUUUUUGGCCUUUCACCUCUUCACUGUUGGAUAAGAUGCUUUGAGUACAUUCUUCACCUUGGAUAUAAAUUGAAAAUUAGGUCAUUUUAUGCUAAAACAUCUGAGCAGAAAGAAUCAGUUAAAGAAAGAAAAGCAUUUAUUCAAAAGAAGUUUAGGGAAGAACUAAGUCUUAUUGUUGACAUGCCAAAACAAGGUUUUGGAAACACUAAUGAUGGUAAUACUGCCAGAAGAGCCUUUGAGGAAUCGAUUACCUUCUCUGAGAUAACUGGUGUAGAUGUUGACAUCAUUUCUAGACUUGAAACAAUUUUAAAAGCAGUUUGUUCAGGAUAUGAUUUAGAUCCAAGCUCUUUUCAAAGUUAUUGCAAUGAUACAACAGAUAAAAUUCUUUCUGAAUAUAAUUGGUAUGUUAUUCCUCCAAGCGUUCACAAACUUUUAGAACAUGGUUUACAGAUUGCCAAUGCAUUAGAACUUCCCAUUGGAGUUUAUUCAGAAGAAUCACUAGAGGCUCUUAACAAAGAGAUUAGAAAUACAAGAUUAAACCAUUCAUGCAAAAUUUCAAGGAUAAAUGUUAUGAAAAACCAAUUUAACUAUCUUAUGAUAAGGAGUGAUCCAGUUAUAUCGAGCAUUCAAUUCACUAACCAUAGAUGUGAAAAUGGGAAAUUGCUCCCAAUAGAAGUUCUUUCUCUUCUUAAACAGUCGUGAUUUUUUUGAGAAUUUUAUUUUUUAUAGAUAAAUUUGCAUCAAAAAUUUAAAUUUAGAAUAGUUAUAAUAGUAAUUUUCAAAGUAUAUUCUAAUUCUCAGAGUAUAACUAUUAUAUGCUCUUUGUUGAUGUCUGAAUUUUUUUUUAAUUAUCAUUCUUUCAAUCAUUGUUUUUAUCAAAAGAGGAGGGUAUUAAUUGAUGAAAUAAAUUUGAAAUAAUUAAAAAUAAAUUAUUUUAUGAACUAAAAUUUGAAAUAGUUAUUAUAGUAAUGCUCAAUGAAUUUUAUUGUAUUCUUUUUGUUGAGGAAUGAAUUUUUUUAUUUA